AUGGGUCCCUCUAUGAAGGACCACAGCACUAAGGAGGAAAAGCCUCCAACCUACAGUGAAGUCGAUCAACCACCUUUAAUAAUCCCACCAUUGGACUUGUCUCAAAAUGCCGGUCUGGCUAUAGACACGACCGUCACCCAGGAUGAGUGUGUCGUUCAUCUUAAAUUUUUGGCAAUGCUAGCCGAUCUUCGCGAAACUGUGGCCAGUACAAAGGAUCUUUUUGGCAUCCCCGACCCCAGCCCCGAACUUCAUGACCAGAAUUUGAACGAAGCUUUGGCCAAGGUCAAAGAAAAGAGAUGGGCUGUAUACACGUCGCGCGCUGCCGAACGAUAUGGGGCUUGGUGGAAGACUUGUGUGCCCUCUUCACGGUCUCCUGUGAGACUCCGUGAUCUCAAGAAAGCUUCCUAUAGCAAUAUUACAGAUGGAGAUAUCCCUUUGCCCUGGUCGCGACAUACGCUGCCUCCUCUUGAUGUACUUAUGGUUUGCCAUGCACACAUGCUGAACCCCAGAGCUUUUCUGGAAGACUGCAUUCGCCAUGGCAAAAUGAAUUUGUGGACCGCUGGGUUCCCGUGGAGACUGAUUCACGAGUGUACCGACGAUCGCAAUCUGGUGUACGAACCUGGAGAGACAGCCAGGGGCAACUUCUAUAGGCGAACGAGUCUGCAGUGGGACAAUCUACAAGACGGUUUGGAGAAGCUGCUAAAGUGCCCGAGAUGUGAGAACCAGGUCUCUGUUCCUUGGACCGAGGCGGUGGCCUCCAUUGUACCAGGAGAGAGAUGGGAAGAUUACCAUGGGUUUGCAGACAAAAAUUUCACGGCUACCUGUCCAACAUGUGAAUUCAUCAUCGACCACGAGAAACUGAAAGUCGACAAGUUUCGAAAAGACGUCAUUGCCCUAGCACACUCAAAGCUGCCUAUGCCUGGCACUUUCUAUAACCUGAGGGGCGUUCCAGAGGCCUACAAAAAUUCACAGAGACGUACAACACAGACGUCACUACCAAAUCGUCUUCUUCAAGCCAUAGAAAAAGAUAUCAUGGACUUUACCGACGCCACAGCAGGCAAAUGCUCGAGCGUUGCUGCGUUGCGCGAUCUGCUCGAGUCCAAACUAAAAGACAGAAAGGUUAUGAGAGUCGUGAACUCAAGUGCGGUCGGUACCACGCUGUACCCAGUGGAGAAAAUAGCCUUCCGCCGGAUGAUGUCUCGCUAUUGGGAUAAUGUCGGUCCAUUCGCCCUGGAUCUCGUUGGUGCGGUCAUCCGACAGGGCACUUUCAUUCAAAAGAUGGAUGAUAUCAACUGGCUGCACUCGCCCACGGUCAAAGAGACCAUGCUUCGCCUCAUCCGGAAAUAUGCCGUGUUCUUCUCCAUAAUGGUCACCAACCCACGCCGCAUGGCCGUGCCCACGCUCGACGUUGACCUCGCCUGGCACACUCACCAGCUUACACCAUAUCGUUACUAUACUUACUCCACCUACAUGUCAGUGAUGGGUGCCCGGUUCCCGAUCUUCAUCGACCAUGAUGACAAGGUUGCCGAAGACGCCCUGUCGGACGGCUUCGAGUGGACCAGCAAGAUGUACAAAAAGAUUACCAACGGCGAGCUCUACAGUGAGUGUACCUGUUGGUACUGCGAAGCGAUCAGAGCCUCAGACCUUUACAGCAGACUUAGCAUCUCCUCAAGCACCGCUAAGGCUCGCAAUGCCGCCGACGAUCUCCACAAUCGCCCAGAUAUCUCCUCUGAUCCCAACAAGAACCCUCAUAUCUCUGCUCAUAACGCGGUUCGCCCUAACGAGAACUCCAUGCGUGACGCAAGACGGGUGAAGUUCCUACAGCUCCAGAGUAAGUAUGAGAAGGCCCGUCGUCGUGCCGAAAAACGAUCCGGCAGCAAGAAGAGCGAUGAUAGGCGGCGGGCGGACGAUCCCGGCCUCUAUGCCUACCCUCUCGUAUGGGGCUAUCCAGUUGCUGUGCCCUACUACGGUCCAUAUACAUGCGACCCUGGUGUCAACGCCGACACCUACCCAUGCAACCCGGCUUGUAUGAACCUUGCUGUCGGCGGACAUGGCAAUUGCGCGGCUGGCACCUGCGGUGGUGCGGUGGCUGCUGGUGGCUGCGGCGGUCUGGCAGGUUCUGGUGGAUGUGCUUCUGGAGGUGGUGGAGCAGGCGGAGGAUGCGGCGGCGGCGGUGGAGGGGGAGGAGGUUGUGGAGGUGGUGGCGGCGGCGGCGGUGGUGGUGGUGGUUGCGGAGGAGGCGGAGGCGGAGGCUGCUAA